AUUUAUGAGGUAGUCUUGUGGAUGUUGCCGAGGUGCCAGAUCAUAAUAUGAGCUGAGUUUGUACUAAACGCGUAACAAAUCAGAAGGACUUAAGAAGCAAGAUUCAACUGUCAGUCACUGAAGGUGUGUUCAGUCACAAUGUUCAGGAGCGACAGUCCCUUUGGUUACGACACCAGCAGCUAUGCAGAAUCACUCCACUCCAACGGGUAUUCUACUAUGGAUGACACCUUGUCGCAGGUGUCAAGUGUGUCAAGGCCGAGUGCCAGGUCAAUUUACAUGCAGAGGAAGGAAUACGCAUCAUCCAUAAACAAGUCCAUGGACAGAUUACAGUACAGAGUGGAGCACUUGUUCUCUUGUGACCUGGACGGGAAGGAGCUGGCAAACAUCUCAGACUGUGUGGAGCGCCUGAAGCUGCUGGAGGAGACGGGUCGAGUAUGGGGUCAGAACAUGCUGCUGGAGGUCCGCGGCACCAACCUGCUGCUCAAAGACAUCGAAUCUCAGGAAGAGCUGGAGUCCAUCGCUCUCAGCGACAUCCGGGAGCUACAUACUGUGACAGACAUCCAAGUGUUUAACUCCCUGCUCGUCAUCUCCUUCCAGUCCAGGAGAAGAAACGCCACCACCGUCCUCAUGUUUCAGUGUGAGAACAUCAAGGCUGAAUAUGUUGAAAAGGAUCUCAGACGAGUAAUUUCACGUAGGAGAGCGGAUCCAGGCUCCCGUGCAGGACAGUCAGUGCCACAGUGGACGUCUCCUGACUACGAUGAAAUGUCUAUCAUUAUGGACGAGGACCGUUCACUCUUCAGACAAACACCAAACUCCAUCACUGGAGAACCGUUUCCAUACACAGAGGUGGACAGGAAUGUGGAUAUUUUCAAUCACAUUUUAAGUGACAUAGAAAUCUUCAUUGGACAAGUCUUCGCAGCUACAGGCGUAAAGAAGAAGAAGAAGAAAAAAGAAAAAGGGAAGGGCAUGCCCCGCCCAGAAGAAUUUGCAACAUGUUUCCAUAAGAUCAAGUGUGGCUUGAACCUUCUGGGGACUCUCAACGGAAUGAUCAUUGACCCCAGUGCUUCUGAGUUUGUCCACACCUUCUUCUCUGCAAUAGGAUUUCUGAUGUCUCACGCCCCCGUGGGUCUGACUUCACACAUUGUGGCACCGCUGCUGACGCCUCUGUCUAUCCGUUUCCUGAGCGACGAGGCGUCCCCGGAGGAGGAUGAGCUGUGGCAGUCCCUGGGAGACCCCUGGAACGUCCCCAGUAACAAAUGGCACGGGGAAAUCCCAGUCUACAAUCUGGAGUUCUCCGAUGGCUGGACCCCCCCUCCGUUGACUUCAGUUCUUCCACCCAGUGAGCCUGUGAGCAGACAGGAGAGUCCAUUGGGCGCAUUCAGGGAACCUCUCAGUAGACAGGAAAGUCCACAGCCUGCAUUCAGGGCACCUUCGAGGAGUCAGGAAAGUCCACUACCUGGAUACGGGGAACCUUUGAGGAGACAGGAAAGUCCACAGCCUGCAUUCAGGAGAGAGGAAAGUCCACCACCUGCAUUCAGGAGAGAGGAAAGUCCACCGCCUGUAUUCAGGAGAGAGGAAAGUCCACCGCCUCCAUUCAGGAGUCAGGAAAGUCCACUGCCUGAAUUCGGGGAGCCUUUGAAUAGGCAAGAGAGUCCGCAUCCUGCACCCAUCAAGGCUCCCAUGAGCUGGAAUCCACCAGGCCCUUUUCUAAAAGCACGCUUAAUUCAGCCAAAACUUCCACGCAUGCGUGUUAAGUAUGACUUCAUCUCAAGAAACCAGAGGGAGCUCACCAUCGCAAAAGGAGAAAUAGUUGAGCUACUGGACAGGUCCAAGCAGUGGUGGAAGGUGAAGAACAGCAAAGGGGAGGAAGGCUAUGUUCCCCACAACGUCCUGGAGGCCGACGACGGGAAACCACAAGAGGAUAUUGUAGUUUCUCCCAUCCUGAAGAAAUCGUCCAAACCUCCAGAAGUGAAGGCCUGGCUGGAAGACCAAGGCUUCAGUCCAAUCACCGUGCGCUGUCUCGGCGGACUAAGCGGCGGCAUGCUCCUGGGGAUGAGUAGAGAGGAGCUGAAGACAGUGUGCACAGAGGAAGGAGGACGAGUCUUCUUCAAGUUACAAGCAAUCAAGUCCACCAUGGCUGCGGCCAGCCUAACUUGACAGACGACACGGUAAAAAGACGUCUAUGAUGGCAAGAGGAAAUCUUUUUGGACCAAUCACCAGUGACGGAUGAUCAGACUUUCAUCUAGUCUAUGAAGAUGAGAGAAGGUGUGCUGGGAGUUAUGUACUUAAUGUCCUUUGAAAUCAGUAAAUAUUCCUUUAUUAAAUAAUCUAAAAUAUCACUUUAAAAUAUAUGUUAAUACAAUUGUCUGCUGUCAUUUGAAAACAUUUCUAGUUAAUGUACAUUGAAUCAAUAGGUUAUACACUCACUUGCCAGUUCAUUAGGUACACUAGUCAAAACUAAUUCUUUCCAACAUAUCAGUCCUCCACUUAAUCUUAGUUUCAUGAAUGUUAUGGUAUCAGGAUUAGUUUCCAAAAACGGAAGGAGCUGUUGAUUCAACUAUGUUCAGUUUUGGAGGCUGUGGCUUGUAACUAUUGAAUUAUUGUGCUGCACGUUUCUAUGAUUUUGUAUUUAUACAGUUAAAUUACCACUUUUCUGACCCUAUACUAAAUAUUAAAACACCAUGAAGGAGGACUUAUUAGAACAUAUUAGGAGAUUUUUCACCAGUGUAAGUAAUGGACAGGCAAGUGAGGGUUUGAAUAAGUAAAUAAAAGUAUUCAGCUGGUUUGUACUAAUAUUGGUAUCGUCGGUGUGUAAUAUGUAAGAUUCUGUGACAAAACCAAUGUGGGCGCCUAAUAUUUGUAGUCGAUAUAUAACCUGUAAAUAAAAGACAAGUCUGACACGGA